AAGCUGGUUUCUUUUCAGCUGAGAGAAACAGGAAAACAGCAGCCCUUUUUCACUUCAUCAUUUUAUUCUUUUUGUUCUUCACGCUGAUUGACAUCCGCAGUGUGGGCGAAGCAUCCCUGCUGAAGUCAUGGAUAACUUUCAGACCGUCCUGCGCUUCUUCAUGAACCAAAAAGCCACUAUUGGAUACAGCUUCAUGGCUCUACUGACUAUCGGUGGAGAGAGGAUCUUCUCAAUGGUCUCCUUUCAGUGUCCGUGCAAUCGUGCACAGAACUUUGGCUAUGGACUGACUUUCAUUCUGGGUCCUGCUAUAGUUCUGUUGGUUCUUGGUCUGUUCUUCAGCACCAGGCUGUGGAGACUUCUGACAGGUUGUUGCAUCAAUCCCUUCAAGCUUUGUCCUCGUGGAAACUGUUUUGGCUGCCUGAGAGUACUCACCAACAUCUUCACUGGUGCAUGUGUGGCCCCUCUGAUGUGGCUCUCAGUGGCCUUGCUCAACGGCACCUUUUACGAGUGUGCUGUUAGUGGUCUGGACGACAACCUUGUGGUAAACUUGCUCUGUCAUAACAAAACCAUCAAGUGUCGGGAGGAGCUGGCUCGUGUGCCGUGUGACAGGUCCACGCUCUCCAGUGAUGAACGAAUGGAGCUGCUGUUAAUGCUGCGAGCUCAGUCUCAGAUCCUGGGCUGGAGCAUCAUCAUCAUCGCAGCGGUGGUGGGCCUUGUUACAUCUUGUAUCGCUAACUGUCGCUCCAAAGUCAGCUACCUACAACUCACCUUUUGGAAACGCUACAUGGAGAAAGAAAAGCAACAAUUUGAGUCUUUCGCCGGGGAAUAUGCUUCCAAACUUGCAGAGAGAAAUAUGCAAAGCUUUUUUGACAACAAGGACCCUGCACCAUUCCCUUUCCCCAAUCACCGAGCCUGGGAGGAGAUCUCUGAACUCUACACCUUCUCCAGAAGUGAGCAGUACUACAGCACUCUGCAGCGCUACGUGGAGAAGGUGGACAGAGACUACACACCAGAGAAGAGGCCAGUCAUGGAACUGGAGCAUGGAAUUGAGAUGAGCUAGGAGAGAAGGGUUCUCACUCAUUUGUUGUAAACUGCCAUGGUAGGGUUUUUCACUCUGGCAUAAUCUGGCAUAACAUAUUUGACAUCCCCAAGAGGAACAUAGGAAUAAUGUGACUGACAAUCACUUCUGCUUAGAAAUGUACUGUAUGCACUAAUAAUCUCACUGUUCACGGUACCUGGUCUGACUAACUCAGACUAUGUGAAAACAUGUUUGCUGCUGCAGUGAUGGACCUAGAGGCUUGCAACAGAAUCUGGUUGUAUUGGGUUGCUAAUUGAAGCAUGGUUGACACAAUAUGAGGUUGUCAUUGCGUAAUUACAAACAAGCUCUAAAAAACAUGUGAUCUUGAGGAACUUGUUUUUGAGUUUAUGGCCAUUGCUGUGUUAUUUUGCUGACUCAAGCUGUUGUGAAAAUAACUAUGGAUGUUGGUGUGUGAAGCAGUCACAUAGCUUGCUUGAGAAAGCCUCAAAUUCCAUCCAGACAGAUAUUUGACCUGGUGCGCCCCCAAAAGUCCCCGCCGUCUUUGCUGCAGAGAAGUGACCUCAUCUGAGUCAUUUUAUAUUUGUCUCUGUUCAGGGUGUCAAUUUCAAUUUUGAUAUUAUUUUGCAAAUAUUGCUAAAUAUUUUUUUAAUCAACGCCAAUAUUACAGACUGACUGUGAUUGUCAUGUGCAGGUUUUAAUGAGGGUAAACAGACUUAUUUGAAUUAUUAGCGCAAGGAAGAAUAAUUAGGUCUAAAGAGAUAUCACAUCACUCCAGAUUGAGUUAUGCUUCACCACUUUGACAUUUCUUAUCAUUUAUUUUUUUUAAAUCCAAUCUAAUCCACUCUUGCUCUGGCUUCCAGCUGUGUGGAUGAAAUGCUGACAACAUAAGAGUCAGUACACUGUAGAUACUUGUUGUACCAAGGCAGAGCCCUGAAUCAAAGGAGAUUAAACCUUUUCCAUCAAGGUGCCUGGAAGUCUAAACACCUCAAGCUUUUUUCCCCAAAGCACUUUGCCACUCAAGUUUUAAAGGGGGUAUGUAAAGAAGGCAUGUGUUAUUAUCAUUGUUUUUUAUUUAUUUAUUUAUAAUUAAGAAUCUUGAUUUAAGUUCUCAAUUCCAUUUUCUUUUUGGCAUGGAAGACAAAAAUGUAACAGUUUCAAAUAUAAGUUUGUCUGUUUAAAUGUGAAUGCACGUCAAAACGUGCAAGAAAUAAAAUUAAAAACUCAAGGAUCACGACGAACAGGCGAACAGGCCACUUGAAAAGGUUUAAGAAGAAAUUUGCAAGCAUGUGAAAACUUGCAUGUCACUGGGGUCUGGACAUGUGACAACAUGCUGGGUCCACACAAGAACAGCUUUCUCAGUGAAUGUGGUCAUUGACAUGAUGGAUUCACUGAAUACGUCAUAACUACGGUGCUUUGUCUUGUCCUUACAGUGCACCCAUUUCUCUCUGGUGAACCAACCACAGUGUAUCCAUUGACACAUUUCAUGAUACCAUUCAUUAGUGCAUAGCAUGACUGAUGGUACCACUGUUUAUGGUCGACAAGAGCAUUUACCAAAUAAACAAUGCUAGUCACU